CACCACGCCGGUCACAACCACCACCACCACGCCGGUCACAACCACCACCACCACACCGGUCACAACCACAACCACCAUGCCGGUCACCGCCACCACCACCACACUGGUCACAACCACCACGAUAUCUACAUCAACUCCUACUACAAAUACUGCCACCCCUAUUCAGUGUAAGAAUAAUGGGUUUCCACAGAAUCAGGUCUGUCUCUGUCCUGAUGAUUACAGUGGAACGCUUUGUGAAAUACCAAACUUCUGUGCUAAUGGUACGUUUGAGACCUUCACUUUUCCAAAAACCGUUUUCGGCCAAUUUAGUUAUUCAGCGCAGCGGUGUGAAGCACAAACACCCAAUGCUGGUUUGCCAAAGGCCACCGCUCAGUGCUUGAAUGGGACAUUUGAUAAGCUUCAGAGGCUGCAGUGCUCCUUAACUCUUGAACUUAUUAAUGUAAAUCUUUCAAGUGCCAGUCAGGCAGACACUCAGCUGUUGGCAUCCAACGCUCAAAUCCUCACAUCCGUUCCUUCCCAGCUAACUGCGCAAAACAUCAGCGUUGCUGCCCAGAUAGCCAGCAGACUGCUGUCCACAUCGAGUAUCACUGAGGACGUCAAGUUGGCUGCAGUGACCACGGUCAGCCAGCUUCUUAAUGCCAGUGAUAGCCAGUUCUCCACUACAACUGUUAAUUCUACCAACAACCUCACCCAAACUCUGCAGAACUUCUCAAGGAGCUCAGGAAAUGUGGGAUUACAGCUAGUGCAGCCAAACCUGGCAAUACAGUCACUGAAGUUGAAUACUAAUGGACCAACAGUGGUCCAGUUCACCGCUGUUAAAGGUUUGUCGGACACCUUCUUACCCAACAGAAUCAACGUUAGUCAAAACCCUGAUUCUCAGAACCUGUUUCCCGUUGAUGUCCAGAUGUCCAUCAAAAUUGGAGAUACUACAGGCUCUCAGAAUAAGCCUAAUGUUGACACUGUUGGAUUUGUGCUCUACAAUAAUGAUCAGUUCUUCGAGUCUGAAGCUUUUAAAAGUUCUCUGGGCACCAAGAGAAGAGUGAUCUCAGGAAAUUUGGGGGUUGAAAAUGUCUCUGUCACUGUUAGGUUCAACAUAAAUAACACUAUUCAGUUCAACAGCAAUCAGGAAGAGAAUCCGCCCUCCAUGAGCAUCCAGGACUUUGCGUGUGUGUUUUGGGACUACAAGCUGGGAGACUGGAGUACAGAAGGCUGCAUCAAAGUCCCAACGCCCUUCAAUAGCUCAAACCUUUCUGCUUCCCUGGCCUGCAGGUGUGACCACACCACUAACUUUGCUGUGCUGAUGAGGUUUAGCACAAACUACAAAUAUUCUGAAGCUUUAGGCGUGAUCAGUAUAAUCGGCUGUGCUCUGUCUGUUGCGGGCUUGGUCAUCACAGUACUGUUCCAGAUCCUGACGAGAAAUUCCAGAGGACUGAGCCCCACUCUUCUGAUGGUCAGCAUCUGCGUGAGCAUGACCAUCUUCUACCUCCUCUUCAUCUUCGGCAUUAACAACCCGGUCCAGCAUAAGGCUGCAUCUGAACCGUCACAGACCAACUCCAUCCCACGGUCUGAUUUCCACCAGGAGGUGGACCAAGGACUGUGCACGGCUAUGGCUGCCUUGCUGCAGUAUUUUCUUCUGGCCACAUUUACCUGGAGCACCCUGUACGCCGCCCACAUCUUCUUCGUGAUCAAAAAUGCCAUGUCAGGUCCACCGGAAAACUUCAACAUCAUCUCCGUCAUAACCGGCUGGGGUUUCCCUGCUGUGAUAGUUGGCAUCUCAUUAGGAGCCACAUACCGACCAGAUAAACCCUUAAACUACCGACAGGAGGAGUUUUGUUGGCUGGCUGCGCUGACACCCAACAAGACGGUUGAUUUACGGAAGCCCAUGUUCUGGGGUUUUCUUCUCCCACUUGCUCUAAUGAUCUUUUUCAACAUUGCUGUACUCUUUUACUUUGCACUCAUCACCUGCAGGACUAACCAAUCACUCAACAGCUCGCAAGUGACCCCUUUUCGGAAGAAGAUGCUGAGCAGUGUGUCCUUGGCCGUGGUGCUGGGGAUUUCUUGGAUCAUCGGCUAUUUCAUGCUCCUGUCUGUUGACCCAAUCCAACAUAACAUUCUCACUUACGCUUUCUGUCUAUGCAACACCACACAGGGUGUUCAGAUCUUUGUUUUAUUCACCGUAAGAACAAAAAUCUUCAAGGAGAAGUUUUCCAUCUUCAGGAAGUCCAUUCCAUCCCCUGAGGUGUCUGUUCACAGGAUGAGCUACCACCUAUGGCCACUGAGGGAGAAAGAUCUCCCAGAAAGCUACAGGUCUACAGACUUUGAUCAGCAAGUAAUGGACCACAUGGAUGAUCAGACAGACCACGGACGACCAAUGUAAAACGUUUGUUUAGCUACUGGAAAAACAAAUGUGAUUAUGAGGUUUGGGUUUACAGUCAAGUGACAUGUUUUUUGCUGAGCUGAACAUAUAAACGAAGUAUAAAAUGUGCCGUAGCUUUUGUACAAGCCACAUUUUAUGUUUUAUUUUUCCCCCUAUAUGUUAAAUUCAGCAAAUUGUCAGUUAAUGUUCAGAAAAUGAACAAAGCAUGCGGUUUGACUAAAAGUGCUUUUACGUACGACUGUAUGUGGAAGCUUUUGUACAACCAACUGUAAAUUUGUAGCAAAGGUUCAAUUACUAGCAGUAUUCAUAAUUUUGGCACAUUUCUGUGUACUUGGUGAAAGAACAGAAAACCUGUUGACAGAAUAAUAGAAUAACAGAGAUGAGUGACAAAGAAAAUACCUGAAUAAUUGAAAAAAGAAGCAUAGUGAGUACAGAUGCAUUCAGACAGGUGUAUUGCAUAAGUAUGGCAAAGUGCCUAGGAGGUCCAGUCUGACCAUUGGUGGCAAGAAGGCAAAUGAAGGAAAUCUGAGUGACUUUCGAAGUGACUUUUCAGGGGGUUGAUUUUGGGGCAUAGAGCUUCAGUUACAAAGAUUGCUCAGCUGGCCCCCAAAAAUUGGCAAUAUGAGGCUUUCUUCUGACAGCAGCGAUGUGGAUAAUAGUGAAUAACAAAUUAAUUGUCAUUUUAAAAUGGUUAAAUGUUUGUUCAUUGCAUGCAAUGAAGUACUAAAGUGGGCAAAUGAAUUUCAAACUGUCCGUACCAAGUAGCUUUCAGGAGGUGACCGACACAACAUGUGCUUACAAGUUUUACCAUCUAAUUUCCUGAUAAAUAUCCCCUGAAAAUAACAACUGGAACAUAAAGUCUCAAAUACAAAAUCAACAUUAAACUGAAGAAGUUAUGAUGACAGUAGUAGAUGAUUGACUCACAUUCUUGGGAGAUGUAUCCAGUUCUCUUUGAAUUCUCUUUCAAUCCUCAGAUUCAUCUGCAUGGGGAAGGGGACCGAAGCACAAUCCAUGUUACAAAACGUUCUCCCUCACAUUGCUUGCAAUUACACAUUUCUGCCAGAGAGGUCUCCAAAUCUCCUGAAUUUACAUAGGGUAGCUUUAAUGGUUGUUUUUGACUGCAAGACAUCCAAAAAAAAAAAAAAAA